GGGAGCCUCGCCGCCUGCCGCGGCGAGCUCGCCGCGAGGGAGGGAGAGCUACAACGCGCCGCGGAGUCGGCCGCGGCGGCGGCCUCCGCGGCCGCGGAGGCGGAGGUGCACGCCGAGCGCAGCCGCGAGGCCAUCGCCUCCGCGCAGGCGGCGGUCGUGGAGGCUGGCGCGGGGGCCGAGGCGGCGUCGGCGGUGUUCGCGGCGGAGGAGGCAGGCGCGGCCGAGGGUCGGUUGGCCGCCUUGCGGAAGGAGUGCAAGGCCGACGCGGAGCAGUUCGGCGCCUACUUGCGCGAGGCGGACCUCCUCGGGCUGCUGGUGGCUGCGGGGGCUCGCACGGAGCAGGCCCGCGCGGCCUCCGUCUCGCAGCACUCGGAGACGCUGGCCGCGAGAGCGUCGGCACAGCGGGCGCUGGAGGCCGCGCGGAAGAACUGCUCCGACGCCCGGGCGCUCACCGCCAGGCGCGAGGAGGAGGCCCGGAAGCUCGGCGAGGAGUGCGACGCGUUGGGCGCGGCGCGCAACGAGACGCAGGCGGCCCACGCCGUGGCGUUGCAGGCUCUGCGCGCCGCGCAGGCCGUCACGGAAGGCGUGGUGCGCGAGCGCGCGCCGGCCGACGCCGCCGCCGCGGCGGCCACGGCGGCCCACGGCCGCGCGGCGGCGCGGGGGCAGGCGAGCCUGGAGGGCGCUCGGCUGAGAUACGCAGAGGUGGCCGCGGCCAUGAACGCCACCGAGGCGUGCCUGAGGAGCCGCGAUGACGCAGAGCUCCAGGACGUGCACGCGGCGGCGGCGCUGGACGCGGCCACAGCGUGGCUGGCAGCCUUCGUGCCCACGUUGGAGCUGGGGGUGAAGGCGAGUCGCCUCAGAGGUGCCGAGGAGGACGAGGCCGCCAAGCGCAGCGCGGAGGCCCGCGCCGCGCGCCGCGAGCGGCGCAUGGCGCUGCUGCUGGAGACGCACCGGGCGCACCUGGCGCUGCUCGACGCCCAGACCGAGCUCGCCGAGAAGGACGCCGCCAUGGGCGCGGCCAAGGCCGCGUUCGACAAGGCCGAGAAGGACGUCGUCGACGCCCAGGAGAAGCUCGACAAGCUGGUGACAGCCGCGGCCGAGUACAGCGACGACAUCGCCAAGACCCACAAGGAGAUCGGCGAGGGCCUCGAGGAGUACCACUCGGCGAAGGCGGGGUACGACGCGCAGGACCCAGAGGAGCGCCGCCGGAGCUUCUCGACGAAGCUGGAGGGCUCGGGCGCCGACCCCGGCCCUGACCACAAGUGACGCCCUCAUGCGGGCCCCGCGGGCCGCGGUUGGGGGGGCGCGCCGCCGGAGCCGCGCCGCGCCGGGCCCGUCGCCGGGGCGAGCAGCGCCCGGCAGGUUGCGCCGCUCAGGGGCUGCGGUCGC